AUGCACGUUGGAGUAGGCGCGUUGAUGUUUUGUUUCAUUUGACAAUGAUGAUUGCUGUUCUUUUUCUGGUGCUUGUGUUCAGGACGGCAGAGACUGAUACGACAACCGGAAGUUGUAAGGACAUGUUACAGGGUUAUCUGACAGGACAACUGUCAUCUGCUUUAGGAGCUUACCAAGUAGAAGCUUUGAGGCGGGAAUUCAAAAGUUUCACCAAAAAUGUUGAAAAAUCAAUGAAAAUAUUUAAAGAAAAAACAGAAGCGGAUAUACAAAAGAUGCAAGAAUCAAACAGCAGCGUUGUUUACACAAGAUGGGGAAAGAAAACAUGCCCAUCAAAUGCUGAAAUAGUUUUAUCAGGCUAUGUAGGCGGUUCCUCUCAUGACCAUAAGGGAGCAGCAGUAGACCCCCUUUGUUUGCCGAGAGAUCCUGAAUGGGGGAUAUACAGUGAUGUGAAUGAUAGCCUCAGAGCGUUUGUCUUUGGAACGGAAUACGAAACAUCCACAUCUCCAGCCAACCUCCGCACGCUUCAUGAUCAUGAUGUACCGUGUGCUGUUUGUCUUCGUCGAAAUAGAUCCGUCGUGAAAAUGUUUCCAGCUAGAAAAUCAUGUUACAAAGGAUGGAAGUUAGAAUACCAUGGUUACCUAAUGGCUGGAUAUCAUUACCAUCCAGGCGGUACCAUGUACACUUGUAUUGACGAGCAACCAGAUACUUUGCAUGGCGGUCAUGCAAGUAAAGACGGUAGACUUUUUUAUUCCGUAGAAGCUCGGUGUGGUUCCUUGAAAUGUCCACCUUAUGUGGAAGGAAGAGAACUUAUAUGUGCUGUUUGUUCCAAAAAAUAAAUGGUGUUAGAUUAUUG